AUGUCUUUCCGUUGUUGUCUACCUGGAUGUGACUUGACUUCAAAAGACUGCACACUUUUUAAAAUUCCUGCAAAAAAAUUUCUCUCUGGUUCUGCAAAAGAAUGGGCUGAUAAAUUGGAAAAAAUAAUACUUGGAUGCAGACAAGAUCACCACAUAUAUAAUUUAUUUCAAAGAGACAUGGUGAGGAUGUGUGAGCGGCAUUUUGAAUCAAGUGAUUACAGACUAGUGGGAAAACAGAAAAAGCUGAAUGUUGGGGCUAUUCCCUCUAUAAACUUGCCAAAAACUAAAAAGACUGAAAAAUUUGUCAGACCGCCACCAAAAAUUAGAAAAGAAACAAAACCAAUUAUUUUCAGGGACUUCAAUGCAUUCAAAAAUAAGGCUUCAAAUUCAACAUUAUUAGAAAAUUGGGAAUGUCUUGCAUCUGAACAUCGACUAACAAUAAAAAAGCUAUCCGAAUUCGACCAACCUAGCUAUUGUAUUAGGGUAGAUAACAAUUUUAAAAUUCAAAUAUUAUAUUUUGGAUGGAGAGGUUGUUUGGGUUUUAAUAUUCAAAACAAUACUGUGUUACAACUGCUGCAUCAUGUUGAAAGGUUAGUCAUUUGCCCUGGUCUUCAACAUGAAAAUGGAAUACCACAUCUGAGAACAAAGCCUGCAGAAAAUAGUGAGCUUUCCAACUAUCCUCAUGUGGAUAUAAUUGCAUACAGGUUAGUCAAUUCAUUUUAGUGUAGAUUAGAAUGAUUUAUCAAUGAAGAUAGUUUUGAUUAGAAUUAGUCAGCAAUCACAGGACUAUGCCAAGAAGUAACAAUUCUCUUCAGAUCGCAAUCAUGUGAAAUAUUCACUACUUCUG